UUUAGUGUUAAAAAUUCAAUUCAAACUAUUGAAUCCUGGGGUAGCUCUCUUAAAGGGGCUUUAGAUUGCCCCAAAACACACACACACAUACACACACAAACACACACACACACACUUACACACCCACAAUCAGGAUACAGGCUAUAAAAGGAUAGCCAAGGAUACCCAAGGAUAACCAAGGAUACCCAAAUCAUACACCAGAAAAUACCAUGUUCUGUUGCUUUUCCACACACAAACUCAAGCUAGUGGUAGUUCUACUCACAUUGGUGGUUGCGAUUGAUGGCGAAGUGAAGGCCUCGACAAGUGGCACAGUGCUGUUGUACCAUAUAAAUACAAAGUUUCGCGAUUUUUUGAUAUCGCGCGUAGUUCUCGGUUGCCUGUUGACGACAUGGGCUUCGGGAGGAUUCCUGGCCCUGUUCUGGGACUCUGUCAGAGCAUUGGCCAUUUAUUCGUCAGGGAUUUGUCUAUUAACCAUUUUUGAUUGCUUUACGGUGGCAUGGGCAUUUCACUUGUCGGCUAAUGGAUUACCGGAAACUGAUUACAAUGAACAGAUAAUAGAACAUAUUGUUACUACCGAGGAUGUCAUCGAAAUAUGCAUUCUUGUUAUUCUUAUAGUCGUGCAGCGAUACCAACAAAAACCAACAACGCCCACCCACACACAGAUCCUAGUCAGCAUUGCUGGUUGGUGGCUAACGUAUCGACUUCAUCGCCAUUACAAGGACGAAAUGAAAUACGAACAGGAUCACAGACGCUUGCAGAAGAUUCUUGCCGCCCAAUCCAAGACGCAUGAGGACAAAUGAAGAUUAUCUUUCAGCUCGGAACCCAAACUAACUCUUACUCCAAAUGACGGACCCUCGGGAUAGAAACCUUCACUUUGAUUGGUAUCCCUUUUUAUUAUCCUUUUACCGAAUUAGUUCCAGCAACUUGCAUUUUCGGUAUUCCGCAUUCAACAAGCUGCAAUUCUCGACCUCCAAACCAAAAGGGGUCACGGCCAAUGUCAUCCAUCGGUUUUCGGGGUUGAAGGACUAGUCUCGGUUCGUUUCAUUUCAUUUCGUGUCCUGGCCUGGCCGCGGGGCCUUUGGCUGAAUAACACAUGGCCAAGAAUACAGGAGUACUGGACAGACUGAGAACUGGACAAAUUGCUUAUGAAAAACUAUGCUCACUUCACAAAAUAAGAAUAGUUAUAGUGUUUUGUUAGAAGUCUGUUAAUGGAUAAUUAUUUAA